AAAGGUGGAAUCUCACCUAAUGUAAAAAUGAGAUUUGAACUAAGACCUUCACCUUUCAAAUUUUUGAUGACAAUGAAGAGAGUUGAUAUUUGUAUAUAGAAGCCUCAGGGAUCAGCUUGGAGCUGUGUAGUAAUUGAAGAGCCAACUUGGAUAGCAAGUCAUAUAUAUAUGUAGGGCCUUUGCCUUCAAAACUGCCCUAUAAGAUUCUGCUUUGCAGUAAUGUGACUGACCAUACAGCAGCCUAACUCAGCCUAUAUAACUACCCGUAACAUUUCACCUUAGAGAUCAUUCAAGUACACAAGCAAUAGCAGUAGCCAGUGAAAGAGAUAUAGUGGAGAAUUGAAGGUAUGGUUUCCCUUCAAGCUGCAGCCACCUCUCCAAAUAGAAGAGAGACAAUUAUCUCGGAGGUUGAUAAUUCAUCAAAGAAGAGAAAGUGGGAUGAGCCACAAACUUAUGGGACUUUUGAGAAAAGAUCAAAGCCACCUAAUCAAAACACAAAACCCAUCUUUGAAAUUGAGCUACAACUCGAGACUCCGCUGCCUUUGGAGUGGCAACAGUGCCUCGAUAUUCAGUCGGGGGAGAUACACUUCUACAAUACAAGGACCAAGAAAAGAACAUCAAGGGAUCCAAGGAGAAGUCCAGAGCCACCAAGUCCUGGCCAUAUGAGCUUAGACCUUGAGCUACACCUGCAGCCAUGUGAGUCGCAAAGGAAAAACAAUGCAAACGACCAUAGUCUUGCUAGCUCCAUACAAGGUUUUGGCGAUUUGUUCAUGGAUUCUAGUAAAGAAGACAAGAGUUCUGAAGGCACUAUUAAGCGAUGUCCAUCUUGGAUAGUUGAAGGGGAUCAAGAAGAGAUGGUAGCGACUGUAUGCACGAGGUGCCAUAUGUUGGUGAUGCUUUGCAAGUCAUCUCCUGCCUGCCCUAACUGCAAAUUCAUGCACCCACCAGACCAGAGCCCUCCUAAGCUAUUCAAGCAAAGGUUUAGCCUCUUGUGCUAGCAAGCUAGUGAGUCAAGAAUCGAUCAAAAACCCCAGUCCCCUUUCAUCUGAUCAUAUAGCAAGGUUAGAAUUCGUCAAGUGAUCUUGAUUCUUGAUCAAGGUGUUAAUUAAUUUACCUUAAAUUCCAUAUUUAAAUCAAAAGCAAAAAAAGCUGCCGAAAAAGAGAGAGAUAGAAUGAGGAAUGUGGGGUUAACUAACUUUGUAUCAUGGACUAACUUAGUGAGAUUUAGCAUAGGCGUACUCCAACAUUAUGCACUACCAUAUAAAGAUGCUUAUCAAGAUAUCAUGUAACUAUAUAUCCAUCCCAGAAAUCAAGUAAAAAUAAAUAAAUUCUACCAUUAAUUAUCAA